AUGUCGUCAUCACGUAGGAAACUCCACAAGGCAACAUCUGUCCUUUUGUCUUCCAUUCAUCCCUCUCUCUCUCUCUCUCUCCCUCCCUCCCUCCCUCUCCCUCCCUCCCCCUCUCAGGCGGUGGUUUCCGUGGCGAGAGAGAUGGAGUCUGAGAAUUACCACGACAUCAAACGCAUCACGGCGAGGAAGGACAACGUGCUGCGUCUGUGGGAGUACCUGCUGGAGCUGCUGAGGGCGCGGAGGCAGCGCCUGGAGAUGAACCUGGGCCUGCAGAGGGUCUUCCAGGAGAUGCUCUACAUCAUGGACUGGAUGGACGAGAUGAAGAUGCUGCUGCUGUCCCAGGACUACGGGAAGCACCUGCUGGGCGUGGAGGACCUGCUGCAGAAACACGCGCUGGUGGAGGCCGACGUCUCCGUCCAGGCCGACCGCGUCCGCACCGUCAACCGCAACGCACAGAAGUUCGCCGACGACAUGGAGGGUUAUAAGCCGUGUGACCCCCAGAUCAUCCGGGACCGGGUCGACCACAUGGACUUCUGCUACCAGGAGCUGAGCCAGCUGGCGGCCGAGCGCCGGGCCCGCCUGGAGGAGUCCCGCCGCCUCUGGAAGUUCUUCUGGGAGAUGGCCGAAGAGGAGGGCUGGAUCAGGGAGAAGGAGCAGAUCCUGUCCUCCGAGGAUUAUGGGAAGGAUCUGACGGGGGCGCUGCGCCUGCUGAGUCAGCACAAAGCCUUAGAAGACGAGAUGAGCGGGCGCGCCGCCCACCUGCAGCAGACCAUCAGGCAGGGGGACGAGCUGGUCGCUGGGGGACACUUCGGAGCAGACAAGAUCAAAGAACGCAUCCAGGACAUCCAGGUACAGACAGACAGACAGACAAACAGGGAGGGGGGGAGACAGCGUCUCGUCUUUGUCUUUGUCUCUGCGGCGUGCGUGCAGGCGGACGCGGACGACAUGGACACGUGGAUGCUGGACGUGCUGCGGAUCGUCUCCAGCGUGGACGUCGGCCACGACGAGUUCUCCACCCAGGCGCUGGUGAAGAAGCACAAGGACGUGGCCGAGGAGAUCGCCAGCUACCGGCCCGUCAUCGAGGCGCUGCACGAGCAGGCCGGCACGCUGCCGCCCGAGAAGGCCGAGUCCGAGGAGGUGCAGAGCCGCCUGGCGGGCAUCGAGGAGCGCUACAAGGAGGUGGUGGAGCUGACGCGCCUCCGGAAGCAGGCGCUGCAGGACGCCCUGGCGCUCUACCGGAUGCUGAGCGAGGCCAGCGCCUGCGAGGUCUGGAUCGACGAGAAGGAGCAGUGGCUCAACAGCAUGGACAUCCCCGAGAAGCUGGAGGACCUGGAGGUGGUCCAGCAUCGCUUUGAGAGUUUGGAGCCGGAGAUGAACAACCAGGCAUCCCGGGUUGCCGUGGUGAACCAGGUUGCCAGGCAACUGAUCCACAGCGGACAUCCCAGCGAAAAGGAGAUCAAAGCCCAGCAGGACAAACUCAACACCAGGUGGAGCCAGUUCCGAGACCUGGUGGACCAGAAGAAAGACAGUCUGAGCUCGGCUCUGGGCGUCCAGAACUACCACCUGGAGUGCAACGAGACCAAGUCCUGGAUCAAAGAGAAGACCAAGGUGAUCGAGUCGACCCAGGAGCUGGGGAACGACCUGGCGGGCGUCAUGGCGCUGCAGAGGAAGCUGACGGGGAUGGAGCGCGACCUCGCCGCCAUCGAAGACAAGCUGGGUGACCUGGACAAGGAGGCGGAGCGCCUGGCCUCCGAGCACCCGGAUCAGUCCGAGGCCAUCAGGGGCCGCCUGGCCGAGAUCACCGGGGUCUGGGACGAGAUGAAGGUAGGAGACCAAAUCCCCCAGAGCACCUGCGAGCAAACUAGUUACGCAGACUGUUAUUACCGUGUCCCCAGCCCCUGUACCAGUGUCUCCAGUGUUAGUACCCGUGUCCCCUGCCCCUGUACCUGUGUCCCCAGCAUUAAUACCUGUGUCCUCAGCCCCUGA